GAGAAGUUACAUAUGGGUAAGGACGGCCAUGUUAGAGUUGUGGAGCUAAAGACAGCACGAGGCUCCAUAGUGAGACCAGUUGUGAAGCUAGUGGUUCUUCCAAGUGAAUAAUAUUUAAGUUUUCCCACAACUAUUUACAGACACCUCAUGGUUAAUCGUAGAGAUCGUGCUGAAGGUCAUCGCACCUCAAAUCUGAUUUGCCGGAUUUGUCUAAAACGUCACCCUUUACGGUAUUACAAAAAGUUUUUACAGGUGGACUACGAAGAGCGAAUGCGACUGGUCUCCAUCUAUCGCUAUUGCGCGGGCUGUUUGGCUCAUGACCAUACUUGGCGGACGUGUGAAAGUACGAGCCGAUGUGAACGUUGCGGUGAUAUGCAUCACACGUUAUUACAUAAACCAAAUAUAAGAAAUAUAUCGGCUAACAAAAGGACUAGACAUCAACGAAGAUUUAAUAAAGAUGGCCGUGAAAAUUCAUCUAGAGGUCGACGAUUGGAUGGUGGUCAUGAGAGCGAGAGACCUAAUACGUCUCAAGCCCUGGUUUUAAGUAAAACCCAGGACCGUAACGCUCGUCGCAGACGAAACAAAAAAUUCAAUGCGAUUAAAAGGAGUACCGUCGCAAGAACCGUGUAUGUGCCGAAUAUCCACGACUCUAUAUUAUUGAAGCCCACAGUGGUUUUAAAUAUAGAAGCAAAGGGCCGUUUUAUCAGUGUGAGAGCCAUAUUAGAUGCUAAUUCGGAUAUUUCCAUCAUAUCGGAAGAGGUAGCUAAUAGAAUAUCGGCACGCAGGAUUCAUGUUGACAACAAGGAAAAGUGCUUAAUUAAAAUUAACGGUAACCACGGUUCUAGCUCUACAAUAGAGAUUUACUCUGAAAUCAAGAGGAGUUUUAAGAUGAUACUACCACCCAGAUCUGUCGAUGAUAGGAUUCUGGAAGAAUUCCCAGGGUUGCAAUUAGCAGAUCCUAAUUUUAAUAUAUCCACUCCGGUAAACGUACUAUUGGGUGGUGACGUUUAUAGCAGGGUAAUAAGAAAUGGCAUUUAUGGAGGAUCAUUCGGCAAACCAUUGGCACAAUUUACGAUUUUUGGAUACAUUAUUUCAUUUUAUUCAGUUUUUGGCUAA